AUGAAGCAUAUCGAAUCUUUGACAUUUCUCGGCAUAGCUAAACAUUUAACAACAAAUGUUCCCCCGUGCUGUAUAGUUAAAAUAGAAAUGUCCAAGUUGAUAAUCCGAUUAGCACACAGGUCUUUAGUGUACGCAUCCAAGCGUGCUAGCUUUUAUGACUGCAACACACUCUUGAAGAGUUCAAGCACCAGUAAUAAUGUGUUGAUGAUGGUUUUGUAUAGUCAGGAAAUUAAAAGCCCACAAGAAGCAAGUAAUUCAACAAUGGAGUCUGCUAAACAGCAGAAUGUGUCAGACAUGCGGAAGCCUUACAGAAGUAAAGAUGAUGUGUUUGAUUUUGAUGACCUUGUUUCUAAAGAGCCAUAUGAGCAGUUCCAAGCAUGGUUUGAAGAAGCCCAGAAGCAUGAUGGUAUUUUUGAGGCUAAUGCUAUGGCAUUAGCUACUGCAACAAAGGAUGGCACACCUUCAGUGAGAAUGGUUCUUAUGAAAGGAAUAGACAAACAGGGAAUUGUGUUUUACACAAACUUCCUCAGCCGAAAAGCUCAAGAACUGGCUGAAAAUCCGAAAUGCAGCCUAAUGUUCUACUGGGAACCAUUGAAAAAAAUGGUGCGCAUAGAGGGUUCAGUGGAACGAGUUUCUGAGGCUGAAUCUACAACAUACUUCCAUUCUCGGCCUCGCACAAGCCAGAUCAGUGCUUGUGUGAGUCUGCAAAGCUCUCUGGUGCAGAGUAGACAGGCACUGGAAGAAAAAUAUGAGGAACUUCUAAAUAAAUACAGUGACGACAAUGUCCCUAUUCCAAAGCCUGAUUAUUGGGGUGGAUUUCGUGUUGUCCCACACAGGUUUGAAUUCUGGCAAGGCCAAACCAAUCGUCUGCAUGAUCGUAUUGUGUUCCGCUUACCUCGAGAUGGGGAAACCAUUGAUCCAGAAAUUACACACAAAGGCACAGACGGUUGGGUGUAUGAGAGACUCAUGCCGUAG